GCCUAAGGCCUAAACACCCAUUGGGGAUACAGGGGAAAGGGGGGAUGCCACACGGACUCUGGCGAGGGAACACGUGUGCAUGCAACAUGCACACAUUCUGGCUCCGCCUACGAGAUCCGCCGGGUGGUACCUCCACGUUCGACAGUCAGAGACCGUCUACCACCUACGGACAAUCACAACAUCCAUAGCCAAGAGAAAAAUUUCUCCUAGGACGGGA